ACACGAAAACUACCAUGUUUACCGGUCACCACAGCUGAUGUUCUGAUCAAACAAAAUUGCCAUGUCAUGUUGUCGACAAGAUGUACCCGAACACUUGCGUUUCAACCCUUACAUAGAAUACGGAUACAGACCGCCGAUGCGACCCGUCCAGUGUUUGGCCAGCGUCUUCGCGGUGCACAACGAAACAGUCAACAUAUACACGCACGUUGUCGCACUUUGCCUGUCUCUGUACCUGGUAAUAUGCGAGUCGCCUUUAUGGUGGUACACGGACGGCAUCGAGUUCAUCAAAUGGUGUCACAUAAUUGCCACUAUCAUUCCGUGGAUCGGCAGUAUCGUUUACCAUACAUUCAUGAACGUCAACGGCGACAGGGACACUUACAACAGGCUCUUGAAAGCCGAUCUACUCGGUAUAUGGCUAGCCCAAUACUUGGGAGGAAUGCCUAUGAUGUCCGCGUCCCUCUAUAAUCUUUCCGAUACCAAUCAGCUAGCGGUGAAAACCAUUUACUGGACGGCGUGCUUUUGCGGAUUGCUGAAAGUAAUACACGAACAAAAUUUCAUCAAGGUGAGCAGGGUUUAUUUUUUUCUACCCAUUACAAUUCGAAUAUUGUUGGUAGCCUUGCGUACGACCCGGUAUGGCGGAGGGGAUCCUGCAGCAAUAGUCUAUGUUGUUCUUGCGGAUUCAUCGUCGAUUAUCGGAGGGAUAAUUAAUGCGGCACGGUGGCCAGAACGAAGAUUUCCGGGAACCUGUGAUUUCUUUUGCAAUUCGCACAACAUUAUGCAUUUACUAGUCCUGUUAGCCAUGUAUUGGAUGCAUCAAGUCAAUGUAAAAGAUAUUGUAUGGUUAACGGCACAGAUGAAUUUUAAAAAUAUACAAUAAAAUUUAAAGACAUAGGUAAGUACGCAAGGCACAAACGGAAUAUUAUAUUUAUACAUUGAAAAUUUAAAACAAAAAAAAAAUAAAAUUAAUUUAACAAUAAUAAAUACAUUUUAAUUACACCUAUUUACAAGACAU